ACAGGUAGCUGUCCGGGCGGCAGCUGACACAAACGACUAGUUUAAUGGUGGGGAACUAGUUUGUUAUGUGAGCUAACUAGUCGGAUUUAGGUGAAAUGGACCCGGUGCACAAAGCAGUCCUCCGGAAACACCGACUGGAACUGUCCGGUCAGCUGCUGGUCAGCGAUACUAUCGUUCCGUUUCUGUACCAGGAGGACAUUUUAACGGACGCGCAGGUUGAGGACAUCGAGUCCCGGUCCUCGGAGAGACAGAAGACCCUCCGGCUGCUGGACCUCCUGCCGAGCUGCGGACCUCGGGCUUUCCACGCCUUCCUGCGGUCCCUGCAGGACUUCAGCUGGGUCCGGGACCGGCUACUGGAGGAGCUUAAGAAACUACCUGAACCCGAACCCACAGACGUCUCUCGGCUUCCGGACUCGGUUCUCCGGCGGACUCCGUCGGAUCGGGAGUUGUCCCGGCUGGCGUCACGGCUCGGUGCCGAGUGGGAGUCGGUGCUGCUGGAUCUGGGUCUGUCGGCGGAGGCGCUGUUUCGCUGCCGGUCCGAUAACAGCCUCAGUACUCAGGCGGCGGCGCUCGCCGGGCUGGUUCAGUGGAGGCGGGCCGAAGGGAAGCGGGCGACGGUGGAGAGACUGCUGCAGAGUCUGCAGACCGCCGGCGUCCAUACGGCGGUCCUGGAGGACGCUCUGAAUAUUUCAUCGUAACGCAAAGAGACACAAACGUGAGGAACAUCAGGAACAGCAAGACAAAAUAAAGCUAAACACCAAAUUUUAUGGGAAAAAAAUCAAGUUUUUACAUUUUGAAGAGUGAAACAAACAUCUGAAUCUGAAGCAGCCAAACAGCGAAAUGUGCCUUUAAUGUUCAAAGUUUUUACAUAAAAACUGACGUGAGAGUUUUGACUCAUGUUAAACUUUAUCUCCAGAGUUCAGAUCUUUAUAUAAAGUCUGUAAGUGGCAGUAAAGACUGAUCUAAGAAUCCUGAUCAAUCAAAUUGACCUGCUGAGAGUCUGAGAUGUUAGAAGAUCAAAGUCUGGAACUUUGAAGCAAAGUAAGUGAACUGUUUUAAAAGGUAAUCUGACUUUGAUCAGCGACUUCAGGAGGAGCAGAAGUCUAAAGAUGUGAGACGAACCGAGGGCGGCGCCGAGGCCCAGGAUCAGAUAAAGAAGGAUUACUGUGAACUGCGAGCCGUGCAGAGCUGCUCUGAGCUCAGUGCUGGAAUGAAAUGAUGGACUGUCCCUUUAAACUCUAAGGAAAUAAAGUUGGACUGAACUUUU